UGGGCGUGCACGCAGGAAGUUGAGGGGAGUUUCCUACCAGCUAGGCUUCCUCAACAUGGCAGCGCCCUUGUCAGUGGAGGUGGAGUUCGGAGGUGGUGCAGAACUCCUCUUUGACGGCAUAAAGAAACAUCAAGUGACUUUGCCUGGGCAGGAGGAGCCUUGGGACAUCCGGAGCCUCCUUAUCUGGAUCAAGAAGAAUUUGCUAAAAGAGCGGCCAGAGCUGUUCAUCCAGGGAGACAGCGUGCGGCCGGGAAUUCUGGUGCUGAUUAACGAUGCCGACUGGGAACUACUGGGAGAGCUGGACUACCAGCUGCAGGACCAGGACAGCAUCCUCUUCAUCUCUACUCUGCAUGGUGGCUGAGGACCCCUCUGCCCGGGCCCUUUGCAGGGGGAGAUAGAGCAGUCAGAUAGUCCCUCGGGCCCCGCUUCUAGGACUCCCUGUUCCCCCUCAGCUGCCUUUUUCCCUUUUCUGUCCCUUGAGCUCCCUCCAGGCAGAGAAAAGAGGCCAGGUGCUAAAAAUGAGCCUUUCUUAGCACGUGAGCAGGGCAGAGCAGGCAGUGGCUGGGGUCCCCUCUGGUGUAUCAGGAAUGGAGGGGGCUCAGUGGCCAGGUGACCCAGCUGCCUUCUGCUCCUUGUGCCUCCAUCUGAACGCUGAGUGACUGCCAACAAGGCGCUUCAGCUCCAGGGCCAUCUUGCAGGGAAGACAGAUGGGCCUGAAGACACGAAGGCAGGUCCUCCCUACCAGAGACCAAGGACUCUUUGCCUCAGUUUCCCCAUCUGGACAGCAGGGGAGCUGUGCCUGUCCCCCACUGAUAUCAUUAUAGAACCCCAGCUGGGGUCCCCUAUUCAGGGCUGACUGUCUUCCCCCAACCCAGCAGCUGCUCUCUCAGCCAUACCCCUCCUCCUCCUGUUCCCCAGCCCUUGACCCUGGCUGGCCCCCCACAGGCCACCAGAUGGGCUCCUGAGAGCCUCCCCAGUCUUUGAGCAGCCCAUUCUACUGGAGGAGGUGGGGAGGAAAGAGCCUGACCUUGGACUGGCCGGCAGAGGCCUGGCACAGGGGUCAGUGUCCCUCAGUUGCUUUCUCUGCAACAACUGAAUAUAGUGUCUGGAACUUGGGGACAUGCUUGAUGAUACACAUUUGACUUGCAGGGUGGGGGGCAGGUAGCACCUGGUAGGCAGAGUGGUUUGCCCCUCCUUCCUCCACCCCUUCUGGAAGUGUGGGGGCCUGGUUGUCUGCAACAGCUGGCCUUAGGCAAAUAAAAGGCUAGGUUGUUCACUAGCCUUGCUGAGAGUUGCAUCCAUACAGAUGGGUGGUGCCCAUCUCUCCCCUUUCAGGGCCUCUGGGAUUCCCCCCCCCCCAUUCUGUGCUAGUUCUCAGCUGCCCUCCACCGAAAAGGCCCAAACGGGAUGGUCCUGUAGGGCUAUCUGGAGACGGAGGUGCAGAGCCAGUCCAUGCUGACCAGUCUGCAUCCAGGACUCAGCCCAGCCAGGCUUUGUCCCAUCACCUGCAGCCAGAGCUCCCAUCCCCAUGCUGGGGUUAGCAUAGAAAAGCCUGCUAAACCUCCUUUCCUUCCAUAAUCUGGAGAAAGAGCUUUGUCUGCAGAGGGAGACCUUAAAAAAUUAGGGCAUUGGGCUGGGGAAAUGGCUCAAUGGGAUAAGCGCUUCCCUGGCAAGCUCAAGGGCCUGAGUUCAAUCCCCGGUUCCACCACGAAAAGGGGGGGGGGGCACCAACAUUAUCCUGCCAAAUUCUAGAAUGUUGCUUUUCAUUAAAUGUCAAUAUUUUAAGGUGGAAAUGUCUCGUCCUGUGAAGAUGAAAGCACCAAAUGUUCUGGCAGUAUUAGGGAGGUGCACAUCAUUCUCUUAGGGAACAGGUGACCCUGGCUGGUGGGCUUCUCCAGCCCACUGCAGGGGAGGCCUCCCAUGAGUGGUGGUAGUGGCUGUGAGAGUAGCUUAUGGUAGGGGCUGGGCCGGGUGAUCUCCACAGAGCCUGACUGACCAGUCCUCUAGUUGCUGAAGUCAGAGUAUCCCUAACAGAGGACAGAGCAGAGGGUCUGGGAUGGCCCAACAGCCUCACUUUAGAGGCUCAGCCUGGCCCAGUUCCUCUAGCCUAGAGCUCCCUACAUCCCUCCAGUUCCUAAACUGCAGGACUAGCCAGCUUUCCCACGUGGCCAGUUUUCCUCGUGAAAACUGGAGGCUAGGAUUCCUUUAAAUGCCUGAGAGGAGUUGGAUUGAGAGAUGGAGGAGAUCCCUGUCCCUGUCGCACCCUAGUUAAUGCUGAGCAGCAGAGCCGGUGGGGAAACCCAGAUUCUUCCAGCAGCAGGGUUGCUGGUGCCACAGCGGGAACUGGCGGGGCCAAGACAGUUUGGACUACUGCAGGUCAUCUUGAGCCCUGUGUCAGAAAGGAGUCAGGACAGGUGACCCAGGUUCACUGCCAGCAGCUCCCAACAGUCCCCCACCCAAACAAUUCCUGAUCCUGCUUUUGAAGAAAUAAACAAAUAA